CACACACACACACACACACACACACACACACACACACACUCCCGCUGCUCUAUAAAAACCACAGACACCGAUAGAGACACAACGAACCGUCUGACCGUUUCUACCGGAGCUAUGGGCGUCAUCAUCUCCCACAUCUUCUCCAGGUUCACCUCGAAGACACCUGUCCGCAUUUUAAUGGUGGGUCUAGAUGCAGCAGGUAAAACCACUCUCCUGUACAGACUGAAGCUGGCCGAGGUCGUUUCCACCAUCCCAACUAUCGGUUUUAAUGUGGAGACAGUGGAGUAUAAGAACAUUAGUUUCACAGUGUGGGAUGUUGGAGGUCAGAACAUCAUCAGACCUCUGUGGAGACAUUACUACACUAAUACACAGGGUCUGAUAUUUGUUGUCGACAGCAACGACCCCGAGAGGAUUAAAGAAGCUGCUGACGAGCUGCACCAGAUGUUGGAGGAGGACGAGUUGAGGGGCGUGGCCUUACUGGUGUUUGCUAACAAACAGGAUUUGCCCAGAGCCAUGUCUGUCAGUGACAUCACCGAGGCCCUGGGCCUAUCAGGAGUCUCGCAGCCGUGGUCCGUCCAGGCGUCCUGUGCCGUCAGCGGUACAGGUCUGGUCGAGGGUCUGGACUGGCUCUCUGACCACAUCCUGAACAGUAGAAGCUGAUGUGUUCUGCAUCAUUUGUGUCCUGCUGAAUCUGCAAACACGUCAGGCAGUCUGCUAUGAGCUGAGCCGAGCUGAGCCGAGCUGAGCUGAGCCAGAGAAUCCAAGAAGAACACCAAGGAUCCCUCGUGUAGUGGUGUGAAAAAGUGUUUGCCCUUUUCCUGAUUUCUAGGGCUGUCCUCGACUAAAGAUUUUCUUA